UUUUAAAAUUUCCCACACCCCUUAUCCACAAAUAAGCAAAAAGAAGAGAGAGCGCACAAAAAAACAAACAUAAAUAAACAAAACAAUCAUGGCCCACGAUCGUGAAGUGUUGCGCAUGAUAUGGGAGGGACAAAUCGGUAUCUGUUUCCAGGCCGAUCGAGAUGAGAUUGUUGGCAUCAAGCCGGAGCCUUUCUACCUGAUGAUAUCACGUCUCAGCUACUUGCCCUUGGUCACUGAUAAGGUGCGCAAAUAUUUCACACGCUACAUUGCUGCGGAACAUCAGGAUGGAGCCGUUUGGUUUGAUUUCAAUGGAACACCUUUGCGUCUGCACUAUCCAAUUGGUGUACUAUAUGAUCUGCUACAUCCGGAAGAUGAUUGCACGCCCUGGUGUCUCACCAUACACUUUUCCAAAUUUCCCGAGGAUACUUUGGUCAAAUUAAACUCAAAAGAACUGCUGGAGUCACACUAUAUGUCCUGCCUGAAGGAAGCCGAUGUUUUGAAGCAUCGUGGCCUUGUUAUCUCGGCCAUGCAGAAAAAGGAUCAUAAUCAACUUUGGUUGGGCCUAAUCAAUGACAAAUUUGAUCAAUUUUGGGCUGUAAAUAGACGAUUGAUGGAACCAUAUGGAGAUCAGGAAUCCUUUAAGAAUCUACCCGUUCGUUUCUACACCGAUGAUGAUUUCACGUAUACGCAAAAAUUGAUUUCACCUUUAAGCGAAAGUGGACAAAAGAAGAAUUUGGCCGACCUGAUGGCCGAAUUAUCAACACCUGUGCGCAAAGCGGUCGGAUGUCGCACACAUGGCAUUGAUUUGCAUGAGGAGACACAACUUCAAUGGCUCUCUGAACAUUUCAGUUAUCCUGACAAUUUCCUGCAUUUAUCGAUUGACUAUAAGGCUAUAUAACACGAAUGAUAUAUAACACGAUGAUGCCUAUAUAUAUAUAUAUAAUUUGUUUAAUUUUG